CAUCGAUUGCCCUCCAAAUCUCUUCACAUCCACAAAAUCUCUCUUUCACCUGCGGUUCAUAAUAUUUCCGAUUGGGGGCGAGGAUGAUCGAGGUCGUGCUCAACGAUCGUCUAGGCAAGAAGGUCCGUGUGAAGUGCAACGAGGAUGAUACGAUUGGAGACUUGAAGAAGCUUGUCGCCGCUCAGACCGGAACCCGGACUGAGAAAAUCAGGAUCCAGAAGUGGUAUAAUAUCUAUAAGGAUCAUAUCACUCUUAAGGAUUACGAGAUUCAUGACGGCAUGGGGCUGGAACUCUAUUACAAUUGAUUACGUAUCGCUGUGCAACCUGCAAGGAUAAGGUGAAGAAUGUAACCUUCCAAAUUCUCAUUGACAUCACUUUGGAUAAUAGUAUUCAGCAAGGGUGCGCUCUUAUCUUUCUUUUAAUACAAGCUAACGUUAGUGUCUUUCGAACAUGAAAUAAUGUUUGUUUUCAUUAAUUUUAAGAACCAAACACUGAACUUUAAAUAAGUGCGAUGUUUCGUAAUAAAUUUGAUGGAGAAAGUUAUGUACUUAAAAUUUUCAAUUUGAAAGUGUGUUUCAAGCCAAACGUGGUUAAGAGUAGUCUUUCUUAUAACAUGAUACAAAAUGACCUAGUUGGUUUCAAAAGAUGCUUCCCAGUAUUUAAUCUUUUUUUUCCUUCAUCGGUGACUAUGUUUCCCCUAUCGAUUUUCUUUUGUUGCAAGGAACUAUAUGGUAGUGGAAUUAUUGAAAUAAGGUGGGAAAUAUAUUUCAGUGUAGAUAAAUGUAUGUUCAUUUUGUUGAGAAGAUGGUUAUCAUUAAAAUGGUAAAUGAUCCCUUGAUAAAUAUGAAACACUGGGUUGUGUUGGUUUUACUUCAAAUUCGAUCCGACCUACAAUGUACAGAUGUCUUACUGCUGAUAGUUUGACCCUCCCGAAUUUGGGUUGGGUCAAAAAUAUCGGGUCUGGUUGUUUUUUCAUUCUUUCUUUCUUUUAGAAUUCAGAUAACAUCCCAAAUUUGAUGCAGAACUUUUUCUUGAUAAGCAAAUUUCAUAUAGACAUCUCCUUCUCAAUAAGCAAGCUAAUUACAAAUAAUGAAGGCCUAUUUUUGUACUUUCUAAGUGUUCCAAACUAAAGACCUAGACUUCUUCAAAAUACAGUGAGCCUUUUCUUUUUCAUUCUAAACUUUCUACGCCACAACCUUCAUUUAACCAAUUCCCAAGCACACUCCCUUGAAGCUCAUAUCAGUAUAGCAAAUGACCAAGGCUCACAUUAUUCCCACAAAUAUCACGCAAACAAAUUCUAAAUUUAGUCGAAAGUAAAUAAAAAAAUCAAUAGCUCAAAAACUUGGAUCUAACAAAUUGGUUCACGAAAUGAACAAGAAGAGUGAUUGAAAAGACAUGGAGUUGAAUAAGUGUAUAUUGUUUAUCUUUUUCUUAUUUGAGAAAAUGAUUAUGAAAAGAAAAAAGAGAAGAGACAAAAAUAAAGGAAGGGAGGAAGCAAACGCAAAAGAAAGGAGUCCACCCACAAUGGUAUAAACAAUACAAGAACCUAUCAAAUUGACAUACAUUAGUGGACGAGUAAAUUGACGAGAAGGCUUGAGAGUGAAUGCCUAUGUUGUUUGAGGACAUUGUAAGUAUAAUACAUUCAGUCAAUCUUGCCACACACUUGAGAUUGUCUAUUUAAACUGGAGCGCUUAUUGCAAUUUUGAAGAGGCAACUUGGCUGGAGAAAAAUGAGCCACACUUGACAAUGUCUAUUAGAGCUGGUGUAUUUUCAAAUACUCGAGGCAACUUGGCUGGAGAGCUGAUCUAAUAGAUAGAAUUGAGAGAAAUAAGAGAAAAGGAGUAUAAUAUCAUCUUUCCUCCAUUGAUUCUUCUUCCUUUCUAAAAAAAUAAAAUUUAAUAUUUAACAAUUUAAAACAAAAAAGUUGUAUAUAAAGUUUCAAGAGUAUGGAUUUAGACCAUAGAAGUUAUGAUUCAGAUUUUCAAAUGUUGCUUCCAUCUCCUUUCUUAUGUUUAUGAAUUCUAGAUCAAAAUAGUUGGCUUAAUGAGGUAAUUUUAGAUUUUAAAUGCUUACUUUGAAAAGAAUAUUACCUUCAUUAGCUUCUUUCGUGCUUUCUUGAGUGGUUGGAAAUUGGUUAAAUGAAGGUUGCCAUUAACAUGGAUAAAAUACGAUUAUGCUUGGAUGAGGUAGAACUACCUAAUUGUCACUCUCUGCCAUAAAUGGGAGCGUGUUGCCUAGACAUCCAUCACACAACUCACAAAUGAAUGUCCGGUAAGCGAGACAACUUGUCUUAUCGCAAUACUUCUACCCUGAGCUUUAGAAACAUUGCAACAAAAAUAUUUAAUCCUUGGACUUUACUCAAUUGCCUAGUACUUCUUAACUGAAGCUUAUUCAUUAAGUGAUUGGUAUAAAUGAUAAUGCAACAGAAUAAACAAAACUUCUUUUUAUUAAUUUAACGCUUUACACAGAGUUUUCAAUUAACCAAUCACAUUCAUUAUCUCACAAUGUAUAAAUGUAAAACUUGAGUUCUACGCUACAUGCCUAUCCUUUGUCCGUUGGGAUAUUGUUUAGUGUUUGGGAGUAUAAGAACCUUAUUUUCAUCCUUCUCCUUAAUUGCCCGACAACCAUUUUAGGAUAAUCUUUAGAGCUUCCUUUGUCUGGUUCAGUUUUUUUAUAGACAUCGUUUUCGGCCUCACCAACUUUGACGCAUCAGUUAACCUUAUGAGAGUCUUUAACGUUAAGGAGUGAUGUUCUUAUCUACUGACUCCUUAAGUACGAUAUGGAGCAGUGUGACUUGCUCGCCACACAAGGUUACACAACCCAUCUUUCUCUUCUUACUUUGGUUUUCACAGUGACAUCCACUUUUUACUUAGUGACGAUCUAGAGAAGAAGAACUUGAGACCUAAGUCAAUGAAUGAUGAGUUUAGGAAAUAUCGUUUUGGGAAACAUAACAAUUGUCAAUUUAAACCAAUGAACACAAGUAUCAUCUUGAUACACUUGAGAUUUAAACCAAUAUGAACACAAGUAACAUCUUGAUACACUUGAGAUUUAAACCAAUGAACACAAGUUACAUCUUGAUACACUUGAGAUUUCUAUCCGCGUAUUGUAGUAUUCAUUGAUUUCAGACGUGGGAUUAGCUUUCACUAGCACCUCAUUGCAUGGACUUGUGAUUUACUUCACCAUCUUGUGAUAGGUUUGAGAUUUACUUUUACCAGUGUUUCACAAUUCAUUCCAUACUUAAGUGUGAAAUUCACUUGACCAUCGUCUUCUUUGGGAUUCAUUUUCACCAGCAUCUAGUUUCAAGAGAAGGAAACACGUCUCUUUCUCACACAGACCUAGAUUUGCUUUCAGCAGCAUCUCAUCACCUGGACCUAGAUUCGCUGCACCUGCGUUUCAUGAUAAAUCUAAGAUUUUCAUCUUGGUCUUGUGCUAAUUCUAUUGCACCACACAUCACACUCUUAUUCUAGACAACAAAUGAAAAGCGUUAUUUCAGCACAAAGUUACAAGGGUCAUCGGUUCAAACCUUACAGUUAAAACAAUCAUUCAUUUAUACAUAAAAACAUGCAUUCAUUUACAAAGAAUCAUGUUACGAAAAUUAUAUAUCAAUAUAAGGAUCAUUCAUAAAUUCUCGACUCAACUUCUUUUUUCCAUUUGCUUUCGACUUUCUUUUCUACCUAGUGAUGUAUGUAACUAGCCUUUGCAACAUUCAAAGCCUUUAUUUAACCAUCAUUGGAGUUUUUAGCAUUUUAUGCCCUUUCUUCUUUGAUUUUUGGUAAUAUUUAUAGUGACUUUUCAUUUCCAUGGGUCCUUUUUGUGCUUUAUACGUGUUACUUCACUGUUGUGUCGCACCAUGUAGCCAAUCCAUGCUCUGACACAUAAUCUAGUCGUCAUUUUGUGUUUAGACAUUUUCAUGUGACGCUAAGCUUAUCUGGAAUGCUCAACUCUCCUGACUUUUCUUCUUGAAAACCUUGACACAUUUAAUUUAUUUAGAGGGUCAUCUAAAACAUCCAACAGAACACCUUCUCCAUCGCAAUAUAUGCAUAUUUAAGUGUAGGUACUUCUUUUGCAUUGCUGCUACCCUGCUCGCCUAAUUCUUAGCGUCAAAAGCAUGCUUCUUCCUCAUAGUUAAUCUGAUAGUGUUACCUACCUUAAUUGCAUCGCCUUAUUUUCCUAUCACAUCUUUCCUUGCCAAAUGCCUCUCCUUCAAUAAGUCUUCCUUUUGGAUAAGGGCCUUACACUAAAGAAUUUAAAAAGAGAAGGAAAAGUACUUCCAAAAUUAACAAAACAAGCACUUUUAUCCAAAUGUGGUGGUGAUGUUUACCCGUUUUGUGAAAGUGUUAUCCAAAUGUAGGUUGCAUUAUUGAUCAACUUGAUCUUCGUUGAACAGUUCAAGUUCAAGUCUAAGUACUGCCAAUAAUUAAAUACAAUCAAGUUCAAGUCUAAGUACUGCCAAUAACUAAAUUCAAUCAAACAUAUUAAUUUUAAAUAAAGCAAAAUCUGUAGAACUACGUUAUGACUUGAUUCCUUUUUUUAAAGGGUACGUAGGCAACUUAAAGAUCAUUCUUUAAGUCCAGUCAGUAAAUAAAUUUUAUAAUAAAUGUUCUCAUUAGUUACUUAUGACCUCGUGCUAGUUUUUGUUGGUUGUUGGUUUUGUUUUGGCUUUUCUUGUUUCAUGCUAAUAGCAUUAUAGAAGGUGACUUGGUUGUUUAGGUCAUAAGUAAUCGUGGGGAACUUGUUUUAAGAUGUGCAUUUAAGAGCAAAUCUUUGAGGCAUAUGUUAGAUAUACAAUUGUGUUAAAUUAUCCAAUAUUACUUUCAUUUAUGAUAAAGAAAGAAAAUAUAGACUUUUAGGAUGAUAUGAAACGAAAUAUGGACUUUUAGGAAUGUUAAAA